ACAGGAAAUUCGCAGCCCCGAAUUCGUGCGGGUGCCCGCUCUUCAGCAUGCCUACCGCAAAGGAGGCGAACCGUCACACAAAAGCAAGAUGGAGGAUCUCACAGUCGAAGUAUGCGGCGAAAACGGAGCGUAUUAUAAGGCCUUUGUCACUGAUGUCUUUGACGAGGAAGUUUUGGUAACUUUUGAGAAUGACUGGCAACCAGAAUCGAAAUUCCCAUUUGCUCAAGUCCGUCUACCUCCAAAAGAUGGUUCCAAAUCAGAAUUUCAAGAGAACCAGGAGAUUGAAGUAUUCUCUAGAUCUAAUGAUCAGGAAGCGUGGGGUUGGUGGAAAGCACUUAUCAAGAUGAGUAAAGGAGGUUUCCAAGUAGUGGAAUACUUGGGAUGGGACUACACAUAUACUGAAAUUGUAGCUAGCGAGCGACUAAGAGCCAAAAAUCCAAAUCCGCCUAUUGACAAAAACACAUUUCACAAGAUCGAAAUUGAAGUACCUGAAGAGCUCAGAGAAUUUGCGAAGAUGGACAAUGCACAUAAGGAAUUUCAAAAAGCGAUAGGGGCAGCAGUGUGCCGAUAUGUGCCUGAACGAGGAGUACUGCUGGCCAUCUCCCGUCAUGAAAAUCUACAUCGUCACAGUAGCAUGCUCCAAGAAAUGCACUUUCGAAACUUAUCGCAAAAGGUUUUGCUAUUGAAAAGAACCGAAGAAGCGGCACGUCAGCUUGAAUCCACUAAACUUCAAACAAUAGGGGGCAAAUUUAGAUCUUCAAACUUUAUAUAUCAGCGUGUCUCAGACUUUGAGGCAGGAGUGAAAACAAAUUCAAGAUAUACUGACGAAUUUAAUGUUCGAGAAGAUCUUAUGGGACUAGCUAUCGGUGCUCAUGGUGCAAAUAUUCAGCAAGCACGAAAAGUUGAUGGCAUUACAAAUAUAGAAUUAGAAGAAAAUUCAUGCACAUUUAAAAUAUAUGGAGAGACACAUGAAGCAGUGAAAAAAGCUCGAUCGAUGCUGGAAUACAGUGAGGAAUCUAUACAAGUUCCACGGGUUUUGGUAGGAAAAGUAAUUGGGAAAAAUGGUCGCAUUAUCCAAGAAAUCGUCGACAAAAGUGGUGUAAUAACAACUGGCUCGAGUGGGAAUAUACAUGUUGAUAAAGUAAGGGUAAAAAUAGAAGGAGACAACGAACCUCAACCAACGAUUCCGCGGGAGGAAGGUCAGGUGCCCUUUGUCUUUGUCGGUACUGUUGAAAGCAUCGCCAAUGCCAAAGUUCUAUUGGAAUAUCAUUUGGCACAUUUAAAGGAAGUAGAGCAGCUUCGACAGGAGAAAUUGGAAAUUGAUCAACAAUUACGAAGUAUGCACGGCUCGACUACAGGACCGAUACCUAGUUUUCCUCCCACGAGACGAGGAAUGGUUGCAGGACCUGAAGAGGGUGUCAGUGGUCGUGGUGGUCGUGGUGGUCAAUCGCGAGGACGUGGCUCUCGAGGUAGAGCUCCCACCAGACACAAUGCCGGUUUACGUAGAGACACUUUAGACGGCAGUGAAGAUCGUGUCCGAGAUUUACCACCGAGAGGCGGCCAUCAAGGAGGUGCCGGUAAUUCAGGGUAUAUGAGUGGCAGGCAAGGUCGUCCCCCAACCCAGCGUAGAGAUCGUAGAGACGAACGUCGUCGUACCACAGACGACGAAGACACUGUUUUAGACAGCCAAGACGUUUCAAGCAUUGAUAGAGAGUCAGUGUCGAGUAUGGAAGGAGGAUCUAAAGGAAUAAGACGAAGGCGACUUGGACGUUUGCGACAACCAAGUAUGACGCCGACAAGUAUUACUCAAACAGGCAGUAAUGCCGGCCCGUGCGAUCAAUCAACAAUGAACAGCAAGGAAGGAACUCCCGCGAACGACGUUUCCGUAUCUAACAGCAGUUCCCAAGGACCUAAAGGUCAAAGAGAACAUCGGUCUCGUCCUCCUCGUAUGCAGCAGAGCAAUAAGCCUAAAGAAGCUCUGGUUAACGGUACCAGUGGCUAAAGCAACCGUUGCGUUAUCGACAACCACUAUUAACGUUGCUACGUUACACCUGAUGAGAGCUAUUAACUCCCAAGCACGUAACAUGACGCAUACCGAUGCAAGGACUACACGAUUAUGGAACGCAACAUGAUUAGUCUACGCGCUCGUUGUUAAGACUGUUUGCUACCGAUAAGAAUACGACAAUUGUUUAAGAAAAAAAAAAUCAUCACUCUCCUUAAACACAUUUAAGGACACAUAUUAAUAUCCAUGCAUGGUUUAGUUUAAUGAUGGUAAUUACACUGUCAUGUUUGAUAUAUGGAUACAUUCAUUGGGAGAUAGAGGAUAGAUAUUUGGUAAGAAGGAUUCCCUGAUUGUGAAACUGUGCCUCAUUUUUAUACCGAGCUCCUAACUUAUGUGGCAGUGGCUACGAAUGUACUCUACGGUACACCUUGGUCACUCGUUAAUGUUUAACGAUCCGAUAUUAGGCUGGAUAAUCACGCGGCUCGUACGUCAAUUAUUGCUCCGAGUAGGUUUCAUCUGGAUAUGUCGCUUGGGUACUUACUGAAAUUAUUCGGUAUUUGUAGAAACGCGGUUUUUUUUACCGGCUACGACUUUAGGUUGAUUUAGUUUUAUAGUAGCAUGCUCGAAUCAACGUUAUAUAUUCAAUGUACUUUGCGUGAAUCCAUUCAAGUAAACUUGAGUUGUUUUAUCAAUAACUGCUACUACUGAUACAUACCGUCGUUGGAUAUCGUUCUGUAGAAUACCAGAAAGAAAUGCGACAUAGCUAAGAUGUAACUCGAUAUAUGGUGCAAAGAAAAUGGAUUUCCGUUGUUAAUCAUAACAAUUAACAAUGGUAGGCGGCAGCUGUAAGAAAUCCUGAUUCAGAGGUGUUCCCAAUGAUGUUCCUUUCUAUUUACUUGAGCAAAUUGAGUUUUUCAUUUAUAAUUAUUCGUAGAGAGUUAUUUAACAACACUAGAUUUUUAUGUUUCAUUGCUGAGUGUUGAUUAAUAAUAUCAUGAUCAUUGCGAAAAUGACUUAUUCGAAUAUAACACGAGAUCAGAUGUGCACAAGGAGUCGGUUUUUAUUUCUGAAUACACUUUUCACGUAAUUUAGCCUUUUUCCCUCUUUUUUUUCUCUUUUUUCUCUUUUUUUCUUUUACUACAGUCUAAGCAUACUAUAUCAAACUUUAGAAUUUGAUAUCGAAUUCAUUUCUGCGUUGUUUCGCAUGAUUUAAAAAGAAAGUAAAUGUAUACUUAGUAAUACCAAUGUAUGAUGUGCCAGAGAAGGAAUGAUACAUGUUUUAUAAUAUCUAGCUAAAGUGCAGACUUAGCGCAUACCUUUAUUACUAUAAUACUACUUAGUCGAAAUGUGGAUGUCUGAACAAAUAAACUAGCUUUACUAUACUAAGCUAUAAAAUAGAUAUGAUCAAUUGUUUUAAAUUGAUGAUCAAUAUUAUAAAAAAAAAUCAAUUAUAUCAAUUUAAAACAGUUGUCUCUUCUUCCGGAUAUGACAACAACUAAUCGGACGUGUCUCAUGAAUUUUGCAAAAACACACGAUGGUUGAUGCAAUAUAUUGACAUCUAACAAAACAGCUGCCAUUUUAUCUGAAUAUUCUUAUGGCAGCCAAAAACUGAGAUAUCCCCCAACUUGCUUGUUUCAGAUACAUUUGUAUUGAUUGCAAUUUGUGCAUAAUUUAAGAAUAAAACAUUUCUGUACAUAGA